AUGCUCAACUUGGGAUCUUCUUCGGACAACGCGGCGGCGGCGUCCGCUGUCGGUGGCGAUCCUGAUGGGAGCGGGGAAGGAGCUCCACCGGGCUUGCCGGGUGUCUUGGAGGCCGGAAGCGUUGGGCAGAAGCCGGAGUACCAGGAGGUCGGCGGGGUAGGCGUGGCUGGUUGGGGGAAGGAUGGAAAGGGGGCGGCUUGCGAGGAGAAUGUGGGGGGGUUGACGGGGGGGGGCGAGAAAGAAGACGGGAUGGCGGCGGAGGAGGAAGACGAAGAGGAGGAGGAGGAGGAGGAGCAAGAGUGGGUGGUGAAGAUGCAAGAGCUGGUUCCCAAGUUCCAGACCAGCGGAGAAGGGGCCGAAGCGACCACGACAGUGAGCUACACUCGCAAGACCAGGUCGGUGACCCUGUCCAUCUGCGAGGAGAACAUUCCGGACGACAGCUGCCCCCUCUUGGUGUUCGUCAACUCCAAGUCGGGGGGCAAGCAGGGCGGUGUGCUCAUCAGCCGCUUCCGGGCGCUUCUCAACCCUCUACAGGUGAUCGACUUGAGCCAGGAGGACCCUCUGGAGGUGUUGCAACGAUUCCGGAACGUGGCUAACCUGAGGCUUCUAGCCUGCGGGGGUGACGGGACUGUGGCCUGGCUUCUGCAGUCGGUGGACGCUAUCACCUGGAAGGUGAAGCGGCCUCCGCUGGCCAUUCUUCCGCUGGGGACAGGGAACGACCUCGCCCGCGUGCUGGGGUGGGGCGGGGGGUACACCGGGGAGGACGUGGAGAACCUCCUUGAUACCAUCGAGAACGCACAGGUGACGAUGCUGGACAGGUGGUCGGUGUCGGUGGUGACCACGAGCAAGGGGUUCCGCAAGGGCCAGAAGGACAGGCAGCUCAUCAUGAACAACUACCUCGGCAUCGGCGUGGACGGCCAGGUGGCCCUGGACUUCCACAAGAUGCGCGAGGCGAGACCCGUCCUCUUCUUCAACAGGCUCUUCAACAAGGCUCUGUAUGCUCAGCUCGGCGUGCGCUCGGCCCUUGUGCGUGCUUGCCACGACUUGCCGUCGCGGAUAGAGCUGCGGUGUGAUGGGCAACUGGUGGACCUCCCCGCGACCACCGCGAGCAUCAUCGCGUGUAACAUCAACAGCUACGGGGGGGGUUCCAAGCUAUGGGCAGUGGAGGAGCGAAAUAGGCGUACCUGGGCGGGGAGAACCUCCAACCAUCCCCUGAGCUACCCCCAGUCCCAGCAGCAACGAACCACCAUGUGGGGGUUCGAUACGGGCGGCCUGGUCAACCCGGGGGGAAGCCUGCCUUCCGGCGGCGCAGGGGGGGAGGCGGCAGCCGUUGGAAACCCUGAGGCGGCGUCGCCAUGGGGGGGCGGGGGAGGGGAGUUGCCGCGAACGCCGGCGGCGGCGGCGGCGGCGGUGACGGCGGGGGAGAACACUCGUUUACGGCGCUUCCGUACGCGGCUAGGCGGAGGAGGCAUUGGGAGGGAGGGGAUGGGGUCGGGGCGUCCCCCCCCCCUCGCGGCCGUUUCGGUGGAAGGGGGCUCCGCCGGGGAGGAGGAGUCCUGGGGGGGGGGGGGCGCCGCCGGAGAGUCUUCCGAUAGCGACGAGGGGAGGUGGGAGAAACCGAGGGACAGCCGCGGCUCGUCGUCGAAGAGGCGAGAGUCGAAGACCUCGUUUCACGAUGGAGUGCUGGAGGUGGUGGCCGUGGAAGGGGUGCUCCAUCUCGGACAGAUUCAGCUGGGGUUAUCCCGUGCCCUUGCCGUGGCGCAGUGCCGUGAGAUGCAAGUAAAGUCUUCGGCCACGUUGCCGAUGCAGGUGGACGGCGAGCCGUGGAAACAGCCCCCGUCGGAGAUCACAGUCAAGCUCCAUAACCAGGCGGCGAUGCUGAGACCGGCGACGACGACCGAGCGGGCCGUUGCCAGCGUGCUGAAUGACGUCAGUUCCGCCAUUCACGGGGCCGAGGAAGACUUGGUCAUCAACGAGAGGCAAGCGAGGACCCUGCUCAGCAGAAUAAGAAGGUCCACGCGCUUGCCCGAGUAGAGGGCGUCAUAGUCUAGUUGGAUUACCAUUCCUUGUGACGAUCGAUUGGUCAGUACUCCGAGACAGACCUCUUGGACCACUCCAGAUGGGUUAGGUUUUUUCGCGAUGUAUGAUGUGACCCCGUCGCCGCUUUUCGGUGCGGGGGUUGGGCGUUGGUUGCGUUAUCUGCCUGGCACCGUAAAGCUGUCUGCGCUAACCCGGAUGGAGUUGCUGUAUCGGGGUGCAGUGGGUAUAGGUCAGAAGCCAUUUUACUGGGGUGUCCGAUGUAUGCACUCAACAGCAUGUGGCGGUGUGCGCAGCGCUGGCCCACAACUGAUGCGCGGGCGUCUUGUGUUGCUCGGCAGGCAAGUGGGAGGGAAUACCCAAUACUCGUUCAUGACGGUCGAUACAUGCUUGCAACAAAUCUGCCCCUGUUCGGCUGUGCGAGACCACGAGCGAGACCAGCUUGCUUCGCAGAAAUUGGCUGUUGUUGGGCGCCCGGUAGCGUGAUCCCGUACAAGGCUCCUGCACGCGCAUUUCAUGAGUGGUUAGCGUGCUGUCCAUCCAGGUCUUCGGGACAGAGGAAGGAUGCCCCGUUUCAGCUCCUUGUAGAGACAUGAAUGUCACGCUGGUUGGGAUUUCGAAUCAUUUCAAAGGCGGGGGUUAGCUCAGCGGGAUCACCUUGCAUCCCAACGAGAGCGAUAGAUUGUGCAGGCGCGGGCUGCAUACUGCAUGUGUGGUUUAUACCUUGCUGCUGUUGUUGACGGUCCUGCAUCUUCUGUCACCACGUUUGGUAUGUAGGUGCUAUUAAUAGUUGCCUCAUGUUUAUCCCUUGAUUCUCCACGCGGUCGGUUCCGUCUCCGGUUGCGUCUAAAUAUAGAUAUAUUCAUCACAAUUUUAAGUCUUUGCGCGCAGAGGUUCGCGCUUACCGCCUUCUACGGGGGGAGGGGGGUGGCGGGGUAGAAGAACCCUCCCUGCUUGCCAUUGAUUCCGUGUUGCACUUAUAC